AAAAUCCACACCCAACCCCAACCCAAACCCAAACCCAAAUGACCUAAUAAAACCCUAGCCAAACAUAUUGAUAAUUGUCAGCUGCCUCCUUCAUCCUCCUCUCUCCACUCCACUUCCAGGGAUACCAAAAACCUUCGCACUUCGAAAAUGCCUUUCAAGAGGUACGUGGAGAUCGGAAGAGUAGCUCUUGUCAACUACGGCAAAGAGUAUGGCCGUCUUGUCGUCAUUGUCGAUGUUCUUGACCAGAACAGGGUUCUAGUUGAUGCUCCCAAUAUGGUCAGAGGUCAAAUGAACUUGAAGAGGCUCUCCUUGACUGAUAUUAAGGUUGAGAUUGAGAAGUCACCAAAGAAGAAAGCCCUCGUCGAAGCCAUGGAGGCUGCUGAUGUUAAGAACAAGUGGGAGAACAGCUCAUGGGGUAGGAAGCUGAUUGUCCAAAAGAGAAGAGCUGGUCUUAACGACUUCGACAGAUUCAAGAUCAUGUUGGCUAAGAUUAAGAAAGCUGGUUCUGUGAGGCAGGAGCUUGCUAAGUUGAAGAAACAGGCCGCAUAAGAUGUUAGGAUUCAUGAUUUUGUUCCCUCUGGUUAAUUUGUUUUAAAAUUCAAGAUUUUAAAAUUUUUUGAGUGACUUCGUUUUUUGAAGUACAACCUAAUAGCAAGGGAAUUUUUAUAUCUACCAUCUUUGUGCUGGAACUAAUACUUGUGUCUGAGUAAUGAUUAGAAAUCAGCUGGUUGAAGGUUUUUAGCUUAAUAUUGUUAGUGCACCUUUCCUUUUGAAGUUUCAA